GUGAGUAUUAACUAUAUAUAAUGAAAGUAUAUCAGACUUAGCCGGCGUAAAAGUAAAGUUGUUAAGAGGAUAAAAUGAUAGAUAUUUUCUUCUCUGACCGAAAGAAGAAAAUGACAGAAAUUGAUUUCUUGUUGCCAUCCAAAAAAGAAAACGAAUUAUCAAAAGAUGAAGAUGAUGAGGUAAGCUAUUUUGUAGAAAAUGAGAAGAACUUUUCAUUUGAAAAACCUCAGGAUAAAUAAGACAAAAGUUACUGUGUUAUCAAACUCAAAGUCUCUGCCAGUUAAUUGGUCUUCUCAGCAAGAUCUGUCCUUUUCUUGCUUGCUUUCUUUCUUUCUUAUUCUUAAAUCUCUCUCCAAGAAAUCCAAUUUUUUAUAGCUGUAUUCACAAUCCAGAAUACUGCUUCAACCCAAAUGCAAUUCCUGCGAGUUUAUCUUUCUUGGAUUAUGCAGUCAGGGACCAGCCAAAAUGAACCACCUUUUCAAGAAACAUUCGUAUUAUUAUUACUAUCAUUCUUGGAGUCGUUUUCUUUGUGCUAGUUUUAACAAAUCUGAUUCAGAAUUGCCACACAAGUCUCGUCUGUUUUCACGUUUUUGCGGGGAUUUAGAGCCUGAAUCAUGGAAAUCUAUGGAGGGUCUUGUUUGUUGCUCUACAAAUUAUGUUCCUUUAUCUCCUACGAGUUUCUUAGAGAGAGCAGCAAAGGUUUAUAGAGACAGGACUUCUGUUGUUUAUGGUGAUGUCAAGUAUUCCUGGAGUGGAACUUAUGAUCGUUGUGUUAAGCUUGCUUCUGCCUUGGCUCAGUUGGGAAUUUCUCAUGGUGAUGUGGUAGCAACCUUGGCCCCUAAUGUUCCAGCAAUGUACGAGCUGCAUUUUGCAGUUCCAAUGGCAGGAGGAGUUCUUUGUACGCUUAACACACGAUACGACUCAAAUAUGGUUUCUAUCUUGUUGGAUCAUUCAGAAGCUAAGAUCAUUUUUGUAGAUUUUCAGUUGCUUGAUGUUGCUAGCAAAGCACUUGAACUUCUUGCAAAUACAGAAAGGAAAUCACCCAUAGUGGUCUUGAUUUCUGAAUCUGAUGGUUUGUCUCCAACUGGCUUCACUUCAAACACUUAUGAAUAUGAAAGUCUCUUGGCAAAUGGAAAUAAGGGAUUCGAGAUUCGACGACCGAAAAAUGAAUGGGAUCCCAUCAGUGUAAAUUAUACUUCUGGCACAACAUCAAGACCCAAAGGAGUUGUUUAUAGUCACAGAGGAGCAUAUCUGAAUUCGCUUGCAACAGUUUUCCUUCAUGGCAUAGGAGCAAUGCCUGUUUACCUUUGGACAGUCCCUAUGUUUCACUGCAAUGGAUGGUGCCUCACUUGGGGAGUGGCAGCGCAGGGUGGCACUAAUAUAUGCAUUAGAAAAGUCACUCCAAAAGCCAUCUUUGACAGCAUAGGACAGCACAAUGUGACACACAUGGGAGGGGCACCAACUGUCUUGAACAUGAUAGUGAAUUCACCUGUCAGUGACAGGAGAACGCUUCCCCACAAAGUGGAAAUAAUGACUGGGGGUGCUCCGCCACCCCCUCAAAUCAUUUUUAAGAUGGAAGAGUUGGGUUUUGGAGUUUCUCACUUGUAUGGUCUUACAGAAACUUAUGGUCCAGGGACUUAUUGUGCAUGGAAACCUGAAUGGGAUUCACUGCCUCCUGAUGAGAGAGCAAAGCUAAAAGCCAGACAAGGGAUACACCAUCUUGGCCUGGAAGAUGUUGAUGUGAGAGAUCCAAUGACUCAGGAAAGUGUACCAGCCGAUGGUAAAACAAUAGGUGAGAUUGUGUUCAGAGGAAACACUGUAAUGAGUGGGUACCUUAAAGACUUGAAAGCUACAGAGGAAGCUUUCCAAGGCGGGUGGUUUCGGAGUGGGGAUCUUGCUGUGAAACAUCCUGAUGGAUACAUUGAAGUGAAGGACCGUCUGAAGGAUAUUAUAAUUUCCGGUGGAGAGAAUAUAAGUACAGUUGAAGUGGAAACAGUUUUAUAUAGUCAUCCAGCAAUUUUUGAGGCUGCAGUAGUUGCACGGCCAGAUGAUCAUUGGGGACAAACACCUUGUGCAUUUGUGAAGUUAAAAGAGGGAUUUGUUGUGAGCGAGCAGGAUAUAAUCAAGUUUUGCCGUGAUCGCUUACCUCAUUAUAUGGCCCCUCGGACUGUUAUUUUUGAGGAUUUGCCUAGAACCUCAACUGGGAAGGUACAGAAAUUUAUUCUGAGGCAGAAAGCAAAGGCCACGGAAAACCUCUGAUGAAAAAUGGAAGAAAAGAAAAUAACUCGCUUUAUGCACCCAUCUCUACAUCUUGUGUUAAUGAUCCCCAGGUGGCUAUCACAUGCAAUAUCUUCAGGACCUUGCAACUGUCCCACACCCAAAAAUUCCGAUCCUUUGGAAGCUGAAUCAACUCAUGAAGAGGUAUAAGAGCUGGGUCAGACGAGCCGAGUUGAAAAACAAGAUCAGUGGCAGCUAUUACCAUUGGAUAAGAUGGUAGAAGAAUUAUUAUUUGGCGAAGGCAUAUUGUUUGUUGGUGUUGAAGUAAUGGAUGGAAUUGGGACAAUUGGCAUGCAAUUCAUUGAGACUGCACAGUCAAAUUGGCAUCAUCUGAUGUACUAUUUAACAAAGGAAUGAAUUUAGCUGGGAUUUUCUUGUCUGUUGUUGGGCAAGAAGCUAAUCAAUGAGGUGGUCUAGCCUGAUUUUUAUUA